GCAGUAACUGGAACGUUAAAGCAAUACGUAAUCAACAAAUCACAAUGUAAUUGAGUAAGGUUCGAAAUUAAUUGAGGGUACAACAAAAACAAUUAAAAUAAGUGAAUUAUUAAGGAAUACAGGUAGAAUUGAUUUAUUAGACCAUUUCAAUGUAACAAGGAGAAUAUUAGAUGGCAAGGAAGUGCGUGAAAAUAGACCUUAUAUGGUAUACCUCAAGCUGCCAAAGAAGUAUCCGAAACAAGGGGACUACCGUCGCUGGCUGUGCGGCGGUGUUAUCAUCCACGAACAGUAUAUCCUGACCUCCGCCGCUUGCAUUGAGGAUGUCAAACAUUUCUAUGUCGUCUCUGGAACAUAUACGUAAGAAUAAACCAAGGAGUACACUAAUCCCUGUUUCAAAAAUGGAGCAAAGAGAGCUGUGUGGAAAUGCAUACCAAGAAAUUACAUAUUCGAUGGUCACGAGAACGACAACGUUCGCUGGAUGAACAAUGAUCUGGCAGUCGUGAAAGUGGAAGACGAGUUUGACUUCGACCGUCGCAUGCGAGGCUGUGAUUUCAUCCCAGCAUCUAUCGCUUAUAACAACCGUAGUGAACAGUAUGAAAGUGCUGGUAACAUCGCUUCGGUUGCUGGUUGGGGUAGCACGGAUAAGUAUAGUGAUUGGAUCAACACUCGAAGUGGCAGUACCAGACAAGCACUGUUAGAAAGCAAUGUGAUCUUGAUAUCCAAAGCUCUGUGCAAGAGUCGCUGGGGUCCGCGGUAUCACAACAUCAUUGACAACUACAUGAUCUGCACUAAAGAUAUCACCGCCCAGCUCAGCGAAAUGUGCCACGAUAAAUACGUUGAUUGCACUGAUAUAAUGUACUUAGGGGAAUAUGGCGGUGAACGAAGAGACAUGUCAAGUGAAAAUUUAUUAGUGCAUUCAGCCUCUCACAAUUUUAACGGAAGAAAAAGAUUGAAAUCUUGGAGCGGUGGUUUCUGUGAGAACGAUCACGGCGGCCCACUGGUCUACGGAACUGGGAACGAGGCUGUCGUAAUCGGCGUCAUCUCCGCCUGCCUCGUGAAGGAGACCAACAACAAGUGCUACGGCCCUUUCCUCUACACCAGCGUCUAUAGGAACCGAAAGCUUAUCAAUUGCGCCCUUUUUAAGGAUCCCAACGUUAACUGCAAAGUAUUCAGAACUGAUGAUACCUAUCUUGAGAUAGACUUAAAGUGGGAAGAGGAAGACACAGAACUAAAUAAAAGGUAAU